AUGACGGACGAUAGAAUUCAGCAUGGAGAAGAUGGUAUGAGCAAGAGGAAACUCGAUGAAUUUUCUGCUCUUUAUAAUUUGGACAAUGGUACAAGUACUCGGAACCUCUCUGACCCUAAUGGUCCUGAAGGAGCAUUUAAGAAAAUAAAGCAUGAACCUGGUUCAGGAACCAACAAUUCCGGAAUAAGCGGUGGGAGUUCGAAUCCAGCGGCGUGUCCUACUCCUGCAAGACGUCGACACAGAACCACAUUUACACAGGAGCAGCUUCAAGAAUUAGAGAAUGCGUUCGCAAAAAGUCAUUAUCCAGACAUAUACUGCCGCGAAGAAUUGGCCAGGAUUACUAAACUCAACGAGGCUAGAAUACAGGUGUGGUUCCAGAACAGAAGAGCAAAAUACAGAAAACAAGAGAAACAAUUAGCCAAAUCAUUAUCGCCAGUAAUGAAUCCAGCUUGCGGAGCAAUGAUGAAAAAUAUUUACCCCACUACAUCAAGACCAUAUGGAACUUACCCUGCCCCACCCACUAUGAACUCUAUGUCCAGAUACCCUCAGAUGAACACAAGCUACCCUCCCGUAGCACAGUUCUCAAGCAUGCCGGGAAUGCCAACAACUAAUAUGGCGACUAUGCCCAGACAAGUUCAACAGUUUCCAAUGACGGAUUAUAAUUUGGAAACACAUGAAGAUGACUGGUACAACAAGAGUCUAACAGCCCUGCGGAUGAACAACACACACCAUGGUCUGUCGAAUCCAGUGCUGCAAUAUCAAGCGUGA